UUUAACUUCUUUUUCUCUCUUUUAUCAAUACUGAGUAGCACAUCUCUUGCUUAGGUUUUUUAAGUUUUGGUAAUUAAGAAGGAGAAGAAGAACAAGAAGAAGGAGAUCAUGCCUCCACGGCGGUUUGUGUUUGGCCGGACAGAAGAUGCCGUACACCCGGACACCAUGCGCGCGGCGCUGUCUGAGUUCAUCGCCACUGCCAUCUUUGUCUUCGCUGCUGAAGGCUCCGUUCUCUCUAUAGGGAAGCUAUACAAGGACACAUCCACAGGCGGUGGGCUAAUGCUUGUGGCUGUUGCACAAGCACUUGCGUUCUUUGUAGCCGUGGCCGUGGGCUUUAACAUCUCCGGCGGGCAUGUUAAUCCUGCAGUCACCUUUGGUGCUCUUAUCGGUGGCCACAUUUCAGUCAUCCGUGCUGUGUAUUACUGGAUUGCUCAGCUUCUUGGUGCCAUUGUUGCCUGUCUUCUCCUCCGGAUCACUACCGGCGGCAUGAGGCCUCUAGGAUUUGCCGUCGGCCCAGGAAUUGGAGAGCUACAAGCAUUACUACUAGAGAUAGUCAUGACAUUCGGUCUUGUCUACACCUUCUUCGCGACUGCCAUCGAUCCAAAAAGAGGUUAUCUUGGGACAAUUGCCCCAUUAGCCAUAGGAUUCAUAUUAGGGGCAAACAUACUCGCCGGAGGACCAUUCGAUGGGGCGGCGAUGAACCCAGCUCGAGCAUUUGGGCCGGCUCUUGUCGGGUGGAGAUGGAAGAACCAUUGGAUCUAUUGGGUUGGUCCGUUGAUCGGUUCAGGUAUCGCCGGAGUUUUAUACGAGUUUGUUAUGAUUCCGACGGAGACUCCUCAUACUCACCAACCUUUGGCCCCAGAAGACUAUUGAAGAUGUUGUGGCUUUUGGUAGUUUGCAUGCAUGUAUGGUUUGUUUAUGUUUGUUAGUUUGGUUUGAACCUUUUUUAUUCUGUGGUGCAGUGAAGUCCUUGGUUUAUGUUUGUGUGUUUGUUAACUUGGGUAUGUUUUAAGUAUGUGGAACUUUAUGUGGGCAAGUUUAUAAAUAAAAAGGUAGUGUUUUGUUUUAUAAACAA